AUGACAGAUAAUCUUUCAAAAAGUAUUAAAUCAACUGAACAUGAAUUAUCUUGGGCAAAUCGAGGUCUAAAAGGCAAUAGUGCUGCUGAUGUCAGAGAAUUGUGUAAUGAAAUUGAAAAGUACAAACCAUUAAAAGCAUUACGUCUUGAAGGUAAUACAAUAAAUGAAGAAGCAGCAACAGCUAUUGGAAAAGCUUUAGAAAAACAUAAUGAAAUUCAACGUUUAAUAUGGAAUGAUUUAUUUACAACUCGACUUAAAACUGAAGUACCACCAUCAUUAAUUAAAUUAACAAAAGGUCUUUUAACAAAUGGCUCUCAUAUAAUUGAAAUAAAUUUAAGUGAUAAUGCUUUUGGUCCUAUUGGUGUUAAAGGUCUUGAAACAUUUCUUUCAUCAUCAGCAUGUUAUACACUUGAAGAACUUCGUUUAAAUAAUUGUGGUAUGGGUAGUAUGGGUGGAAAAUUAUUAGCUGAAGCUUUAAUUGCAUGUCAUAAGAAUAGUAUUGUAUCUGGUGGAAGACAAUUUGCAUUAAAACAAUUUAUUGCUGGUCGAAAUCGUCUUGAGAUUGAAGGUGCACAAGCAUUAGCAAAAGCAUUUGAAAUUAUUGGUACAUUAGAAGUAAUUCGUAUGCCACAAAAUGGUAUUCGACCACCGGGUAUUGAAGCAUUAGCUACAGCUUUUGUACGAAAUCGAAAUUUACGCAUAAUUGAUCUUAAUGAUAAUACAAUAACGACAGCAGCAGCUAAAUUAGCAUCAGCUAUUGGAAAAUUACCUAAAUUAGAAAUAAUCAAUCUUGAAUCUUCACUUAUUCGUACUAAAGGUGCUAUUGCUAUUGCUCGUGCUAUUGUUUCACAUAAAAAUCUUCAAGAAUUAUAUCUCGGAUGUAAUGAUAUGCAUACGGAAGGUGGUCUUGAAGUUGCACGAGCUGUUAAAAAUAUGUCAUCAUUGAAAGUAUUAGAUUUAAAUGGAAAUUGCUUUGGUUUUGAUGGAAUCGAUGAAAUUCGUAAUGUACUUGAAAAUAAGAGUUUUAUUAAUCAAAUGGCAUUUAGUGAUGAUGAAGGUAGUGAUGAAGAUGAAGAAGAAGAUGAUGAAAAUGAAGUUGACGAUGAAGAAGAUAAUGAUGAAGAUUAUCAAGAAGCAGAAGAGGAACAACAAGAAAAUGAACCUCCAUCGUUCGUUCCCAAUACAAAUUCUACUCAAAAACAUCUUGGUUUUCAAUUUGGUGUUUCACCAUCAAUUUCAUCGAAAUCCGAAACUGUUAGUGGUCUAUCUGACAGGAUAGCAAAAUUUGAUUUUACUGCUAGUUCACCAUUUAAUUUUGGUUUACAAUCAACAACUAACAGUAAAGAUAAUAAAUGGACAACAUUUAAUAAUAUUGAUAAAGUUAAAGAACAUUUAAAAAAUGAUGAACAAUCAAUUGAACGUGCUAUAAAAUUACUUGAAGAUAUAUGGAAUGAUUAUACUCUCUCACAAAAUGAUUGUUCUUCUAUUGCUAAAAAUAUUUUAAAAACAUUGACAUUUACAACUACAAGUGAACGUAAUUUUAACGAAUGUUUACUUGUCUCGUUAGGCUUUGUUAAAGACGAAAAAACGGGACGUCAACGUCGUACAAUAAAUCAACGUGAUAAAAUAUAUCAAACACUUAUUGAUAUUAAUCAACAAUUACCUAAAUCAACAAAAAAUCUUCUCUCAAUUUUUCUUCAAAAUAAUUCGAAUGAUCAAAAUCAAUGUUUAUCUGGAUUGAAACAGAAAUUAGUAAUGACAAUAAAAGGAUAA